AUGGCUGCUCCUCCUGGCAUUCUGAGUGCACCGCUCAAGCCCAUCCCUCAAGUAAUCGGCCGCGGACGAUUCAACCGCCUCUUGCAUAUCGGAACGAGCUCGGAUGUCCUCGCACUCGAUGCAUUGAAAUUGGCAGUAGCUCAGGCUCUGUCUGAAACCGAUGUCGAUCAAUAUCUGAAGGCAGUUCAGGCUCUUGCUAGAUUGGCUCCCAAGGAUCCAGAACUCGUUCCUAACCCUGGUUGGGUUGGAAAGGUUCGUGGUGAUAUGCAAGCCAAAACUGAGCGGUUGGAAUCAGAGCUUCGUGGGUACAAGAACAACCUGAUCAAAGAGAGUAUCCGAAUGGGGAAUGAGGAUCUGGGCAAUCAUUUUUAUGCAACAGGCGACUUACCUUCUGCGUCGCGAGCUUACUGGCAGAUGCGCGACUUCUGCACCACUCCCACCCACGUUUCUUCCAUGUAUUUAAAGCUCAUCACCGUCUCAAUGGAUCGGAACGACUGGAUCAGCACCCACGGCUACGUUUAUCGUCUACGAAAUGCGCUGUCCAAGCCCGAGGAUAUGGCCAAAAAUACCCCUCGCACCGUAAUUGCUUUGGGUUUGUCUCAAAUGCAUCAAGGUCAAUACUUGGACGCUGCAAACACCUUCCUUUCUCUCGACCCCACUGGCGUCCUAGAGGAAACCUUCGAUGAGGUGAUCAGCGCGAACGAUGUGGCUGUUUAUGGUGGUCUAUGUGCUUUAGCUUCUAUGACACGUGAGGACUUGAAGCGCCGUGUGCUGGACAACAAAUAUUUCCGCAACUUCCUGGAGCUUGAGCCGCAUAUCCGCCGUGCCAUCAAAUGCUUCUGGGAGGCUCGCUAUCGCCCUCUUUUGGAUAUACUGGAGUCCUACCGCGUCGAUUACAUGCUCGAUAUUCAUCUCCACAAACACAUUAACACCCUCUACCACCAGAUCCGCGUCAAAUCUAUCCAGCAGUACCUCGUUCCCUCCAGCAAGACCGUUUUAAAGGACAUGAUAGCUAUCUUUUCCCCGGAGCUGAUUGGUGGUGAAGCCAAGCCAUUCAGUCUUUUGUCUCCCUUCAUACGGGAACUUAUUCAUCUCAUCGAGGAUGGCCUUAUCGAUUUCCGCCUUGAUCUCGUUGGGGGCUUCCUGGUCAGGAACCAAGUUGACCUCCGCGCCCAGGUUCAGAGAGAAAUUCUGCUGAACGCAGCCCAGUUCGAUGAGGCAGUUCGCCUUCGAAUGUUGAACAUGGAGAUUAUUGAGUCCGGAAUGGCAAUUGAAAGUGCCACUCCUGCAGAUCGAGCACACCGCCGUCAGAACGAUCCCAACCUUCCUGAUUUCCAAGCUGGCAGCAAUCCCUUCAAGGGCAUCCAUGCCACUUAA